GGCGCAUAGGAGUAUAGCUGCAUUUGCAAGCGCCUUAGCAAAAUUAUAGGCAGGAAGGUUCCUUACCUCUACACAACUGUUACGAUCUUGACUCUUUUUUCGCGCUCUUCGAGUCAUGAUUGACGAUCGGGACUUGGGAAGGUUCACGACCUGGCUGGGCAUCGUUAUUAUGCUCCUUGUUGUGGCGUACCAUUACGUCACUGCUGACCCUAAGUACGAGGCGUCUCGUCAGUAAUUGGUUUCGUCUUUAGAGGUUGGACAGCAUGAGCUUCGUGGGUGGCAAGCUUAAGCUGAAGGGCGGUGAGCCCUUGAAGACCGCCGGCGGCGUUAAGAAAAAGAAGAAACAGGAGGAUAAGAGCCUUGCGGCUGCGUCAGCAGCGCCGGAGCCAGAGCAGAAGGACGUCGAGAAGGAUGACGCUGCAGAGAAAACCCGCAAGGCCAUCCACGGGUACGAGCUGCAGCCAAAUGCUGUCGAGGACCGCCGGACGGAGGCUGAAAAGAAGUUUGACGCCCGCUUCCGUAAGGUAGAAGAGCAGAUGUGCAAGAAAGCAGCCGUGAAGUCACACAGGGAGCGUGUGAAGGACUUCAACGAGUACCUUGCUAAGCUGUCGGAGCACCACGAUAUCCCGAAAGUGGGGCCGGGCUAACGUUGUCUUUUGGUUGCUACUGGUACGGGUGGGUGCGGGUUACAGAAGGAUGUUGUGGCGGGUUGUGCCAUGUUCAUCAUGUCUUCAGUGGUGUCCUACAGUGCCGCUAUUGGGUGCGGCCCUUGUUACUGUUAACGGCAUGGUGAAGGAAGCUGUACAGCGAUGUAGCUGGUGUUGGUGGACGGAUUAUGGGCGCAAGAGGGCUUCCAUGGUAUUCGCAUACAUGUCAACCCGCCCUCUUCUUGUAAGAGGGCUUGCUUUGCAGUGAAGGGACCGGACUUGUACGGGAGCCCCCAUGGACACAAAUAACACGUUGUCAAGCACUGUAAAUAUUGAUGAUCAC